UGUGGCACAGGUGGGUGCACUGCUGGGCACAGGUGGGUGAUCUGCUGGGCACAGGUGGGCGGAGCUAGUGGGGCGCACUGCUGGGCACAGGUGGGCGGAACUUGUGGGUGGCACUGCUGGGCACCGAUCAUCAGGGCACUGAUCAUCAGUGCCCUGAUGAUUGCGUGAGGAAAGUGCAGCCGAGAACCGGCACUUGCAUUUCCCUGUGAUCAGAGUGUCAUUGGACACCGCUGAUCACGUGAUAAAAAGGCCGCUGUGAUUGGCCUUUUACCACAUCACGUGAUCAGCUGUGUCCGUAGGAGAGCGCGUUCUGAGAGGCCGUCAUAUG